AUGUCCGGGCCGCCAGUGUACGCGCUCAUCAACUACUUCAUACUGUCACGACUCCUUUACUACAUUCCUUACCUGGCACCUCUACACCCAGGGCGUGUAGCAACGACCUUCAUCGGCCUCGAUGGCGUAUGCGAGAUUCUCAUCGGACAAGGUGCAUGGCGUAUGGCCAACUCAAGGUCCACCGAUGCAGAACGGCAACUCGGCUCAGAUCUCGUCACCGCAUCGCUUUGUCUCCAGGCAGCACUCUUCGGUGCAUUUGGUAUUCUCGCUGCGCAAUUUCAUCGACGUGCCAAAAAAGCCGGCGUACUGAAGCAGGAUCUACGCGUCGUACUGUACGUCAUGUACGUGAGUGCGACUAUCGUUACCAUACGCUGCAUAUAUCGCCUCGUGGAAUACAUCCUCGGUUGGGAGUCCUCCAUAUAUCAGAACGAAAUCUACUUCUGGAUCUUCGAAGCUGUCAUUAUGUUUCUCAACACCACUUUACUCAAUCUGUGGCAUCCGGGUAAACGUCUACCUCCUUCCAACUCGGUGUUCUUGGCUCGCGAUGGCGUGACUGAACGGAAAGGACCAGGCUGGGGUGAUGACAGACCGUGGAUCAUUACCAUCUUCGACCCUUUUGAUAUUUGGGGUCUGUUCAAGGGGAGAGAUAAGAAGACACAGUUCUGGGAUAUGAGCGAUGCGGAGUUAGAGGCGGCUCGGGCAGAAAAGAAGAAGAACAAGCGAGGAGUAGUGAACGGCUUGGUCGAUCCUUUUCAUCUUUGGGGUGAGAGGGGAUACAUUGGCAGGUAUCUCAAGAAAGACAAGAGAGGCAGCACAAACGACGAUGAAAGUGUGGUACAGCUCCGACACGCCAAGCAGCAGAAGUACAGUGGUAAAGGUACGAAUGAUGCAGUCUAA